AUGGCAAUCAUUGGAAACCGAAAGCAGCUGAUGUCAUUGCUCCUCCUAUGCGUCAUCACCUCCGGCGUUGUUAUCCCGCCGCCUUGGGUGGAGGCGCAGGUAACGUGCCCUGGCCUCAUCAACACACUUUUACCAUGCGCCAACUACAUAUUGAAUGGUGGGACGAUACCGGCGACAUGUUGUCAAGCCUUGAAAACAGUGGAGGACGGUUUAAAAACAAAGCAAGACAGACAGGACGCGUGCCAGUGCAUGAAAGAGUUGAUUGAUAAAACCACGCCGGAGCAGUUGAAACGAGCUCAAGAACUCCCAGCUUAUUGUCAUCUCCCCCUUCCAUUUCCGAUUAGCCGUAGCGUCGACUGUUCAUCUAUUCCAAAGAGAAUAUAA